AUGGAUCUUAAAGGCUCUUUGGUUGAUACCAAUCUAAGAAUAUACCCAUCUACAACAUUUAUUGAGUUUCUGGACUCAUUACCCAAGAUUGAAGGAUUUCCUGUUAAUAUUAUCAACAUCAAAAAUGGCAAUAAAGAUGCAAAACAUAAUUCAAAAGUAAAUAAAGUAAAAGACAUAAGUUAUAGUCUAAACAAUGAAGAUUUGAAAUAUAUUCAAACAAUAAAAAAGUCAAUAAAAGAGACAAACCAAGAUGAGGAUGAGGAGGAUUACAAAAGUCCAAUCAAAUCAGAUAAAAAUAAUGAAGCAUCUUCAAAAUCAGAAAACAACAAUGAAGAUCAAAUUGAUUCAAACUGCAAUGAAGAAAAUGAACUGAAUGAUACUGACAUAAAACCUGUAUCAAAAGAAGAUGACGAUCUAUACCUUCACACUCAAGACAUAGACUGGUUGUAUUCUUAUCUUCAAGGGAAAAGAAAAAAGGGUGACAAAAAUGUACCCUAUUUACAUGACCUUCUUGAAGGGUCAAGGGUUGAAGUGCCAGAGAAUGAGGUGAUUAAGAGGAACCCUGUAUUGGAGGCCAGGUGUGUGAAACUGAGGGCUCAGCAAGAAGCCAGAGAGUACAGACAGAUGACCAAAGGUGUAGAUAAUGUCAGGAUCAGAUAUCCCGAGGAUAACAUAAAUUUUCAAUUGAAACAAAUAAACCGGCAACUAAUAGCGAUUGGUCAGUUCAUCAUAUCUAUAUUUGCCGGGUUCCUGUUUGGUUUCCGUGGAGUAGAGUGGAUGGUGGGCAACUUGGACUUCGGCUUCCGUAUGCUGCUGGGCGUCAUGUGUGCAUUGGUCAUUGCUCUAGCCGAAAUAUACUUCUUGGCUAAAAAACUCAAUGAAGAAUUGAAUAUGAGCCAGGCAGAGACCAUACAGUUGGGCGGACCACCGAAAUUAGCACCGAAAGACGUGCGUGGUAAAGAUGAUGUCCCAAUGACAAAACCUUCCAAUGUUCUCCAGAAUGGAAAGCAGCAUCAAGAUUAAAAAGCAUAGCCCUGUGUGUGGUAACAUAUUUAUACUGUUCAAUAUAACAUUUAAGUACUUACUUAUAGGAUUAUUUUAAAAUGUAGUUGAAGUGUUACAUUAAUGUUAUUUAAUAUACAUAAUCGUAAUUUCGAUAAA